AACAAUGGCAGCUCCUUCGACAUCAAUGGUGCUACGAAAGAGAACCCACGCUACGAAUCCCUUUUUACUGGGCUUAUUGCCCAGGAAGCGAUCCAGAUCAAAGGUAGAGGAAGAAGAAGAAGAGGGCGAGGAUUAUGGUGAUGUGUGCUGUGAGAAAUGCGGGUCUGGCAGCCGAGGAUCCGAGCUUUUGCUCUGCGAUAAAUGCGAUCGAGGUUUUCACCUGUUUUGCCUCCGCCCCAUUCUCGCCGCCGUGCCCAAAGGCUCCUGGUUCUGCCCUUCUUGCUCCAAACUUAAAAAUGUUACUGAGUUUCCUCUCAUCCAGACAAAGAUUGUUGACUUCUUUCGGAUUCAGAGAUCAUUGGAUGCAACGGACAACCUAAGUGAAGGCUGCCACAAGAAGCGAAGAAGAAUUAGUAGCCUGGCAGCCUCGAAAAAGAGGAGAAAGUUAUUGCCAUUCAAUCCUACCGAAGAUCCUACCAGGAGACUCGAGCAAAUGGCAUCGCUAGCAACAGCAUUAACAGCGUCGGGGGCAGAGUUCAGUAAUGAGCUUACUUAUAUGCCAGGCAUGGCACCGAGGAAGGCAAAUUGUGCUGCACUUGAGCGCGAAGGGAUGCAGGUAAUGUCAAAAGAAGAUGCCGAAACCUUAAAUUUGUGCAAGAAAAUGAUGGAAAGAGGUGAAUGGCCACCUCUUCUGGUGGUUUUUGAUCCCAAAGAAGGAUUUACUGUUGAAGCUGAUAGGUCCAUUCGAGACCUAACCAUAAUCACCGAGUAUGUUGGAGAUGUUGAUUUCUUGAAAAAUCGCGAGAACGAUGAUGGAGAUAGCAUGAUGACUCUAUUAUGCACUGCUGAGGCUUCAAAAUGCCUUGUUAUCUGCCCUGAUAAACGCAGUAACAUAGCUCGCUUCAUCAAUGGCAUUAACAACCAUACACCGGGAGGAAGGAAGAAACAGAAUGUGAAAUGUGUGAGAUUCAAUGUAAAUGGAGAAAGUCGAGUGUUACUGAUAGCAAGCAGAGACAUUAAAAAGGGUGAAAGGCUAUAUUAUGAUUACAAUGGAUAUGAGAAUGAAUAUCCAACUGAGCACUUUGUGUGACUGACCCCCUCAUAGGACAAAGAAGGCUGAUGAUUGAUCUAAACAGUUUAGUGGCUCACUCCUCACUUCAUUAUUCAAGUUAAAUUACCAUUGAAGAUUAUUUCUUCAUUUACAAAGAAUAGAAAAUGAUCAAUGUAAAUCCCAAUUUCCAAUUUUGUCUUGUAUCACUUACCCUCUGAUACUCCUGUAAUUUGCUGAAAACUGAAAAGGGGUUGUUGGGUUGUGUACUUUUUGUUAUCUUUUCAAAUUUGAAAAGAAUGUAAAACAGCAUCAUAUGCUUUGUAGGAAUGAAUGGUCACAACCCAACAAUUUUU